AACCAUGACGCGCUUAGCACAACGACAGUUCUUUACUUUUCCCAGCCCACUGCUUCCGUUUCCCCUCUAAGCUGCCCAUUUGCCCUUUUUCUCUGAAAAUAAUACAUCAUUGGGCCCUGAUAUUCGUUUAAAAUCUGUACGACUCGUGACAGGUUGGAAAAUGCCUCCCCGCACGUCUGCCCGCAGAAAAGCGCAAGCUGUUCUUGAGACCAAGGUCGAAGAGACGACGACAACGACCACGAGGACGAACGGAACCAAGAACACAUCUAUCGCUGCCACUCAGACCAAGAGCACAGCUGCUAAGAAACCAGUCGCCAAGCGCAAGGCCGCGUCGGACGACGAGCACGAGAGCUGUGGGAGCUGCGUCGAGAAGGACGAGGAGAAGCCCGCCAAGAAGAGGAAGACCGCGGCCAAGGGCAAGGCGAAGAAGGAGGACGAUAUGCCUCUGACGGAUCGUACGGUGGUUUCUUCGCUGAAGAAGGCGAUGUACAUUGGUGCUCAUGUGAGCGGUGCUGGUGGUGUGCAAAACUCUAUCCAAAACGCCCUCAACAUUGGCGCCAAUGCCUUCGCGCUGUUUCUCAAGUCACAGCGGAAGUGGGAGAGCCCCCCGCUGGCAGCGGAUGUGAAGACGCAGUUCGUCUCACUGGCAAAGGACAACGGCUACGACGCUGCCGCCCACGUCCUCCCCCACGGUUCCUACCUUGUCAAUCUCGCCCAGGCAGAUGCCGCCAAGGCGAAACAGGCGUACACGAGCUUCAUUGAUGACCUCCAGCGGUGCGAGCAGCUUGGGAUCAAGUUGUACAACUUCCACCCGGGGAACACGGGAGGCGCCUCGCGCGAGGAGGCGUGCGGGCGCAUCGCGGCGCAGCUGAAUACGGCGCACAAGGCGACGAAAAACGUCAUCACGGUACUGGAGAACAUGGCUGGCGCGGGCAAUGUCAUUGGCACCAAGUUCGAGGACCUGAAGCACAUCAUCGACAAGGUCGAGGACAAGAAGCGGGUCGGCGUGUGCAUCGACACGUGCCACGCCUUCGCCGCGGGCUACGACCUGAGGACACCCGACAAGUUCCACGAGACGAUGAAGGAGUUUGACAAGAUUGUCGGAAACAAGUAUCUCAAGGCAUUCCAUCUCAACGACAGCAAGGCCCCCUUCGCCUCGCAUCGCGACCUGCACGCCAACAUCGGCACAGGCUUUCUCGGCCUCCGCGCCUUUCACACGCUCGUCAACCACGAGCCCUUCCAGAACCUCCCCAUGGUCCUCGAGACGCCCAUCGACCGCAAGGACGCUAACGGCAAGACGGUCGAGGACAAGCAGGUGUGGGCGGACGAGAUCAAGCUGCUGGAGCGGCUGAUUGGCAUGGAUGCCGAGGGCGAAGAGUUCAAGGAGCUCGAGGAGGAACUGCGGGGCAAGGGGGAGGGCGAGAGGAGCAAGAUCCAGGACCAGGUCGACCGCAAGGCGGAGAAGGACGCGAAGAAGGGGACUAGGGGGGCGAAAAAGGGUGCGGCGGUGAAGGGGAGGAAGAAGAAGGCCGAAACGGAUGAUGAGAGUGAGUAAAGAAAGGGCGCGGUAAGGCGAGAUGCAUGGCGGUGUACCGACAUGUGCUUUUGCAGGGCCAGAUAGCCCGUGUAUUUCUACGCGCGAGCGCUCACGGCAGACGGUCGGAGGCUCGAGCCAGUCGUCAUGAAUACCUAACCAUUCCUGGACACUCGCAACACACUCGACUUGUAUCCGGCGUCACGGAGCGGUAGGGGCGGCAGUGGGCCUCUGAAGCUUGGGAAGGGGAGAGGCAUCCGGUGCAUGCGGCUCCCGCUUCUCGGCACCCGAUGUCUUGGGAACCCCAUGCAGCCAAGCGGCCCAGCUCUUCCUGGGUGCCCACGGAGAGGCCGCCGCCUCCGCCCGGCUUUGCGUGGAGUCGAUCCCUGUCCGUCCUUC